GCAGAGCUGAAGCCGAUACUGAAGGAGAUGAUGAAGGAGAUCGACCUUAACCAGGACGGGACGGUCACACUUGAGGAGUGGAUUAGAGGAGGCCUCACCACCGUCCCUUUACUGGUCCUGCUGGGCAUGGACGCGAACGUGCAGGAGGACGGGCAGCAUGUUUGGCAUCUGAAGCACUUCAACAAACCAGCCUUCUGUAACUACUGCCACGCCAUGCUGCUGGGCGUCCGCAAGCAGGGCCUCUGCUGCUCCACAUGCAAGUACACGGUACACGAACGCUGCGUGUCCAAAAACAUCGCCGCCUGCAUCAGCACCUACGCCAAGUCCCGCAAGCACACCAGUGUCAUGCAGCAUGUUUGGAUAGAGGGGAACUCUCCGUCGAAGUGCGAGCGCUGUUUGAGGAACAUCAAGGGCUACCAGACCCUGACGGGCCUGCACUGUGUCUGGUGUCAGGCCACGUACCAUAACAAGUGUGCGUCUUCUAUGAAGCCUGAGUGUGACGGAGGGGCCCUGAAGGACCACAUCCUGCUGCCAUCAUACAUCUGUCCGGCGGUGCUGGAUCGUCAUUCCACAGCGAAGCGCGGGGAGAGUGAGUCCACUCCCAACAMCAGCCCUGACGACGCCAGCAAGACAUUUAAGUUCCCUCCUGUAGACAGACAGACACUACAGAUCACCCCUCUCCAAGGAACACACCCCCUCCUGGUCCUGGUCAACCCUAAGAGUGGAGGGAGGCAGGGGGAGCGUGUCUUCAGAAAGUUCAGGUACCUGCUAAACCCUCGACAGGUGUACACGCUGGAGCACGGAGGCCCCAUGAACGGGCUCAACUUUUUCCAUGAUGUCCCAGAUUUCCGGGUGCUGGCCUGCGGAGGUGACGGUACAGUGGGCUGGAUCCUCGACUGCAUCGAUAAAGCUAAAUUUACCAGAUACCCUCCAGUGGCCAUCCUCCCUCUGGGCACAGGAAAUGACCUGGCACGAUGUUUACACUGGGGAGGAGGAUAUGAAGGCGGCAACCUGAUGACAAUCAUGAAGAACAUUGAACACAGCACCAAGGUGGUACUGGACCGCUGGAACAUCAACAUCGUUCCUCACGACAAGGAGGAGAAGGGCGACCCCGUCCCUUACAGCAUCGUCAACAACUACUUCUCUGUGGGAGUGGAUGCCUCCAUCGCCCACCGCUUUCAUAUGAUGAGAGAAAAACACCCUGAGAAGUUCAACAGCAGAAUGAAGAACAAGCUGUGGUACUUUGAGUUUGGCACCACUGAGACCAUAUCCGCCACCUGCAAGAAACUCAACGAAUGCAUAGAGUUGGAGUGUGACGGGAUCAUCCUGGACCUCAGCAAUACAUCCUUAGAGGGCAUCGCUAUUCUGAACAUUCCCAGCAUGCACGGCGGCUCCAACCUGUGGGGCGAGACGAAGAAGAGGAGGACCUACAACCGAAUGAGCAAGAAGGUUGCGGACAGGACGCCUGGCAGCACCGUCACAGACUCUAAAGAGCUAAAGUUCUGCGUGCAGGACUUCAGCGAUCAGCUCUUGGAGGUGGUGGGCCUGGAGGGGGCAAUAGAAAUGGGGCAGAUCUACACUGGGCUGAAGAGCGCGGGACGCAGACUGGCUCAGUGCGCCAACGUCACCAUCAGGACUUCUCGGCGGCUGCCCAUGCAGAUCGAUGGGGAGCCCUGGAUGCAGCCUCCCUGCACGGUCAUCAUCACGCACAAAAACCAGGUCCCCAUGUUGAUGGGCCCUCCUCAGAAGACCACCUUCUUCACCUUCAAGAAACGCAACUUCAGCCGCGACGUGGAGGAUGGGUCCGAACAGAAAAAGGAGGGUGCGAACAAAAAGCCUGCAGGUUAGGCCAGUGGGCAGGCAACAUAGACGUCCGCGCGAAGGCCGACUGGAUGAUUCUCCCGUGCAUGUCACGACUCAUAUCUGUUUCUGUCCAUUGUAGCAAUCAAUUGCCUUAACAAAUAAACUGACCCACUCUGUGCUAAUGGUCUUUCACAGUCACGUUGAUCCGAACAAAUGACGAGUAGAUGAGGAUACCUCAUUUGAUAUCAAAUGAGGUAUGGGUACCUGCAUGGUUCGUUGUGUGGCAUGCUAGCCCUUGUUUAGCGGACGAGGCUGUUCACCAGUGUGAUGUAAUCUGCUCUCAUUAAACCGACUAAAGAAUCAAA